AUGGAAAGUGUGAAAAGAUUCAACAAAUAUAUUUACUAUAUAUCCACAAAAAAAUGUAAUUCACCAUAUAUAAAAUGUUAUAUGAACGAAAGUAAUAAAGAAAUGAUUUCAAUAAGAUUUUCAUUAAUUAAAACGAAUAAAAGAGAAAUUAUAUGUAAAAUAAUUCUAGAAUUAAUUGAUGUUAUAGUAAUACUUCACAAGAAAGGGAGUUUUCAUGGGAAUUUAAAUGAAGAAAGGAUAAUUAUUGAUAAAAAAGAAAAUAAUAUAUCACUAGGAAGAAUAGGAAAAAUAAAUGGAGAAUAUAAUAAAGAGGAAAUGAAGAAAAAAGAUUAUGAAGAUAUUGGAAUUAUAAUGAUAAAUAUAAUAAAAUAUAUUUAUAAUUUACAACCAUUUUUAUUAGAUAAUUUAAAAUAUAAUAUAACAAUUCCAAAAGCAACAAGUAAUUCAAAAAUAAUAUUUAUUGAUAAUCAAUGUAAUAUAAUAAAUUUGAAACAAAUAAUAUUAACUAAAAAUUCAAUUGAAAUUAUAACAAAAAGAAAUAAUACAAUUAUUAAAUAUAAUCAUUCAAAUAAAGAAGAAAAUCAAAUAUUUGGAGAAUUUAUUAAAACACAAAUAGGAAAUGAAGUUAUUAAUCAAGAAAUUAUUUUACCAAAAAAUAGAAAUGAUAAUUUACAAAUUAAAUUGUUUUCAAAACCAUUAAUUUCAAUUAAAUUAUAUUGUAAUAAUUCAUUUAAAAUUCUUCAAGUUGCAAAUCAAUUAAGAUCAUUUGGAUAUAAUGUUAAAUGUCAAAAAGGAACUAUGAUAGAAUUAAUCAAGAAGAAGGAACAUGACAUAUUUCAAUUUUAA